UUUCUUUCCGGUCCGGAAUUGCCGCCACUACUGCUCUUUCUCUCCCUAUCUAGCGGCUCAUUUCCUUCUCGAGCCACCACCGUCCGAUCCGGCGCCGGCGUUUUGGAUUUUCUACUUCAAUAUCAUUAUGGACGCCCGCUGCCGAUCGACGAAGCCGACGACCACUACCAAGGUGAAGGCUAAGUCAACUACCAUCGACGGAAAUUCCACGAAGGCUUCCGACGCUUUGGUUCUCCCUCUAUACUUCACCAACGCUGUCUUCUUCACGCUCUUCUUCUCCGUGGUGUAUUAUCUGCUCAGCCGCUGGCGGGAGAAGAUCCGUAACUCUAUUCCUCUGCAUUUCGUUACUCCGUCCGAGAUCGUCGCUCUCAUCGCUUUAGUUGCCUCGUUCGUGUACCUUAUCGGAUUCUUCGGUAUCGAUUUUGUUCAGUCUCUGUUUCUCCGACCGUCAACGGAAGUAUGGACUUCUGUAGACGACGAUGAGCGUUCCAUUGUUAAGGAUGAUUCGCAGAAAGUGCCGUGUGGUGCAGCGCUUGAUUGCUCUGUUCCUUCUCAAGUUUCGCCUACAGUGGUGUCUGUAUUGAAAUCGGUUGAUCCGCUGCCAGUUUCGAUCAAAUUAAAUGAAGAAGAUGAGGAGAUCGUGAAAUCCGUGGUGGUUGGAACUACUCCGUCGUACUCUCUCGAAUCGAAGCUCGGAGACUGCGCUAGAGCGGCGGCAAUUCGCCGUGAGGCGCUUCAGAGGAUUACCGGUAAAUCUCUCUACGGAUUACCUCUGGACGGUUUCGAUUACGAUUCGAUUUUAGGACAGUGCUGUGAGAUGCCAGUCGGAUACGUCCAGAUUCCGGUAGGGAUUGCAGGUCCGCUUCUGCUCGAUGGAAGAGAAUUUUCAGUUCCAAUGGCUACAACUGAGGGAUGUUUGGUUGCAAGCACAAACAGAGGAUGUAAGGCGAUUCAUCUCUCUGGAGGAGCCAACAGCAUCUUGUUGAGAGACGGAAUGACCAGAGCACCGGUGGUGAGAUUCGCCACCGCAAAGAGAGCCGCUCAAUUGAAAAUGUUUCUUGAAGAGCCUGAAAAUUUCGAGACUCUGGCUUUGGUCUUCAACAAAUCGAGCCGAUUCGGAAGAUUACAGAACAUCAAGUGCGCCAUUGCCGGCAAAAACCUCUAUAUGAGAUUCUCGUGCAGCACCGGCGACGCCAUGGGAAUGAACAUGGUCUCUAAAGGUAACGUUCUGGAUUUCUUGCAGGAGGAUUUCCCUGACAUGGAUGUAAUCGGCAUCUCUGGAAAUUUCUGCUCAGACAAAAAACCUGCUGCUGUGAACUGGAUUGAAGGAAGGGGGAAAUCAGUGGUUUGUGAAGCCAUAAUUAAAGGUGAUGUGGUGAGGAAGGUGCUGAAAACCACCGUGGACGCUUUGGUAGAACUUAACAUGCUUAAGAAUCUUGUUGGAUCCGCCAUGGCUGGAGCUCUGGGUGGAUUCAAUGCUCAUGCCAGUAACAUUGUUACUGCCAUUUACAUUGCCACUGGCCAAGAUCCUGCACAGAACGUGGAGAGUUCACACUGCAUUACAAUGAUGGAGGCCGUGAAUGAUGGCAAGGAUCUUCACGUAUCCGUCACUAUGCCUUCCAUUGAGGUUGGUACAGUUGGUGGGGGGACACAACUAGCCUCCCAAUCUGCUUGUCUGAAUCUGCUAGGAGUCAAGGGCGCUAACAGAGACGCACCAGGCUCAAACGCCAGGCUCCUAGCCACCAUUGUAGCUGGCUCAGUGCUAGCAGGAGAGCUCUCUCUCAUGUCCGCCCUUGCAGCCGGACAACUCGUCAAAAGCCACAUGAAAUACAACAGAUCAAUCAGAGACAUCGCCACUGUUUCAUCCUCCUAGUCUACCAACUCGCCGGAGCUACGCCGUCCACGGCGGAGGUAUGUAUAAUGUAUAAAUCA